GCAGUCGCACUGUUUGCAUUCCUCCUCCCUCCUCUGAGACUGACAGCCCGUUAGCUGCUGCUGCUCUCACCCGGCAAUGAGACAGCAAACGCGGACUCGGUGAGACACACCGGGAUGGACUUACCGUGCACUUUUCACCACUGCAGAGACGGACAUUAUUGAGACACUUCUUGCAUGCUGACGAGAGUUUAUUCUUCGCCAGGGUGAUUUUUUUUUGUCCAGUGGGAAAAGGACAGUCGACGUACGGGGAGAAGGAAAAAGAUGCGACGGAUGGUUUCCUGCGACACACACCGGCCAGCUAAGAAGCUCCCACAUUCACUUUAGAGACAACCUGAGUGGACAAUAACAGUUCAGGGUUGGACUUGAAUAUGUGUGAUUGCUAAUAUCAGCAAAGGAAUCGCAAUACUUGGUGGAAAUUAACACCUAGUUGUAGCAGAGAGCGGCUAAUCGCUUCUGGCGACCCAACACAGCUUGAAGCUAACCGAACUAGCUAGCUAAAUUUCGCAUUCUUUGUUUAUUUUAUUUGCUCCGCUGAAUUUAGUGUUUCCACCUCCCUGAUGUUGGGUUAAUGCGUGUGUUAAGAAGGGGGGACACCGUUUAUAAGCUAGUGUUUCGGUUCAACCACAACCUGGAUCGUUGAACUUGAUUUUUUUUUAAAGGACAUAAAUCAUCUGACUUCUCACUUAUGGCUCGUUAGUAUCGCGGUACUGCAGCUGACCCAGCUAGCUAGCAUCUGUGUUAGCUAGUAGGUAGCAGCCACUUCUCGGCCUUUAACUAACUCCCUCACGGUAAAGAUGCACCACCAGGACUUUUCUGGAGACCCGCCUGGGACCGGGAGCAGGAAAGCGUCCUUCCACUUCAGGAGGGGCAGCAGCGGGGCGUCUGCGUCCUCCGCCGCCGGGAGCAGUGGCGUCAACAUUGGGGACGACAAUCCAGCCCUGGCUGGAUCCUCCUCUCCCGGACUCCACCACCAGGCCCAGUCCCAAGCGGCUGGCGCUCAGGUGAAGAAGAAGAGUGGCUUCCAGAUAACAAGUGUCACCUCGGCUCAGAUCAAUGUGAGCGGCAACAACAGUUUGGCAGAUGACACUGAGAGCUAUGAUGAUAUGGAUGAGUCCCACACCGAAGACCUCUCCUCCUCUGAUAUGCUGGAUGUGUCCGUGUCCAGAGCCACGGAUACAGGUGUGCCGGAGAGAAGCUCCUCUGAUGAGACCUUGAACAGCCUCCAUGGGGUCGACACACCCGGACUUGUGUCACCCAAUGAGCCUCUUCACCCUCAUUCCAUCCCUCAGGGGUCUCAGCAGCACACCUCUAUGGUUAAUGGGACCAUGCCACACCAUUAUUAUCCUCAACAACACAGCCAGACCCACCAUCACCACUCCGACAGCCUGGGAGGAGGUGAAGCCUCAUUGUCAACUCCUCCCGUGGCUACGUCCAGCCCAGCUAUGGUCUCCAAACCCGGACCUGGUCAGCCCCAGAGGCCACCAAUGUUGGAUAACACUAAAACUGCAGGUGGGACAAACCAACCAGUAGCCCCUGAAUCGCAUCUGCAAGGCGGCGUGAACGUUUCUAAUGUGGCUUCUGUGACCGUUCCUCCUUCUGGGCCUGCAGGUUUUGACAACACUAGCGUGAGCGGGCAGGUGGCUUCUGCUGGAGGAGGAACAGGCCCGACCGCUGCUGCUGCUGCUGCUGCUGCUGCUGCUCCCAACACUCAAACCCAGCACACCCAAACUCAGACAGCUACAGGCUCUCGUUUUAGGGUGGUCAAAUUAGACACUAACUCUGAGCCGUUUCGCAAAGGAAGAUGGACUUGUACGGAGUAUUACGAAAAGGAGGUUCCUCCUCCGACUACAUCUGAGGCAUCAAAAAGUGCAGAGGUGGCUGCAGAGACUGAGGGGAUAAGUCAGGCGGUACCGGCCGUGCAGCCACCUCACACACUGCAGCCCUAUCAGCAGCCGAGCCAGGACUUCACCAGUCCACAAGCCAUGCAGAGCCCGCCGCAGGGUCUGGCUCAACCCACUCCUCUGACGUAUGUGUCACCACAGGAGGUUCACAUGCAGAAACCAGUAGCUCCUCUUACUCUACCUACAGCAACACCACAAGCUGGUGUAACCCAGCCUCCAUCUGGAAUACCCCAGCAGUUGCCCUAUGUUGUGGAUCCCCAGGGAGGAUACCCUGCACCUCAGCUCCACUCAGGGGUCGUGGCUUCUGGAAGUGUCCGACAGCCAGACUUCAUCCAGCCCACUGCUCCCUUCCAGACCCAAGUCCAGCCUCCGCUGCCGCAUGUUACAACGGGAAUCUCCAUAAGUCCAGUUCCAGGGGUCACGGCACAGCAAGCCGUCAGCAUUACUCAGCAACUGCCCCUUCAAGGUCAGGGAGCUCCACCUGCCCAGGCAACGUUUGCAGGACAGCCUCAAGCCCUCCAGGCCCCCUCCACCGCCACAGUCCCACCAGCACACACCAGUGCCGCCCCCUACAUGCCUCUCCCGGCAGUCCUCCAACCCCUCCUCACCCCGGGUGCGACCUUCAGCCAGGUUCCCGGGGGAGGCAGCUCCAUAAAACCCUCCCAGCUGGAGGACGCCCAGAAGUUUCUGUUCCAGCACCACCAAGGCCUGCUGGGUCUGCCCAGGCUGGGGGCUGCAGCAGGUGAUGGGGCCGCGGAGGUCGGCGGCAGUGCUGGAACGCUGGCUCACAUGGGGAUGUCCGCCGAGGCCAGCGCUUUCAUGGUGGUGGCUGCGGCGGGCCUCAGGACUCAGCACGCUGAAGGAGAGGAGGACAGCUCCUCUGGUGCAAGUGUGGUGGCCAUCGACAACAAGAUCGAGCAAGCCAUGGACCUGGUGAAGAGCCACCUGAUGUACGCCGUGCGAGAGGAGGUGGAGGUGCUGAAGGAGCAAAUCAAAGAGCUGAUCGAGCGCAACUCUCAGCUGGAGCAGGAGAACAACCUGCUCAAGAACCUGGCCAGCCCCGAGCAGAUGGCCCAGUUCCAGGCGCAGGUCCAGACCGGCGGCUCCCCGACCGGCAACGGCCAGCCUGCGGUCCCGGCGCCGGCCGGGACGACACAAGCCCUCCCUUCCUCACAGAGCUCCAGCACGUCUGCGUAACACAGAGAUGAUGUUGAUGGAGGAUCUCCCCACCGAUGAGGAUGAGAUACAAGGGGGAUGAUAGAAGAAGAGGAGGAGGAGGAGGAGGAAGGAGGAGUCUUGCCAUACUGUGAACUGACUCUAUGCCACCGUCUCGACUCAACCGGCGGACACUUAAAACGACUUUCUUUUUGUUGCACAUUUCUUAAUUUAACUGAAAGACUGUGGAGUUACACCGGCGUCUGUGUGUGAGUGUAUCCUAUGCUUCAGACAAUCGUCAGAGCUGACAGGAAGUCAACCCUCCGUCGCCACCUUUGUUCAGGGCCGCCAGGGAAAGGAGGAGGAGCCUAUAACGCCGGGCCCCGGGCCAAUCAGGGUAGCAACUGCCUUGCUCUUGUCGAAUCCCUCGCAAGCGUGACCCGUGGAAAGUGUGCCAUCGUCUCGCCCCCCUCAACCCAGCACUGUCCGUCUGCAUCACACUUGUUUUUUACUCUGGUUUUAUGUUUUCGUUGCUGCGGUCUGUGCACUUUUCCCAGAUGUUAUUGACAAUGGACGAACUUUAAAGAAUCGUACGACCCAUCCGGAAUGGGAGUCAGAGAGAGUCCAGCUCACGUUUUGUUUUUUUUUUCUUUUCUGGGUCUUCACCCCCUCACAGCAUCUGAAGACGACGGAGAGGGGGAAUCUCGCUAUUCUGACGGGGCGGGUUACAGAGAAUUAUUAAAUAUAUAUUAGCCGCGUCUUAUUGUUCCCUUCGAGAACUCGGUGUUCUUUUUGGAGGUCCGUGUCUCCGUCCCCACCCUGAACACACUUCUCCUCCUCCUCCUCCUCCUCCCUUUUCUCGGAUGGAGCAUUAAACAUUUAUGCAGGGAAAUUUUAUAAAGGGAGGUUUUAGGAUUUGUUUUUGUCUUCUUGUUGAUGUAAAUUAAUGUCCUAGUGAUCUGUAAAAAAUAAUUAACGGAGAGGCAAUGAAGUCGGACGUGACUGUUUCUAGGUAAUGAACUUUGUACAGAUUAAACAUUUCCAAUUAAACUCUGCCAAGUGCCUGGUUUCUAACCAUAGAUACAUAUAUAGAAGCUUUUUUAGUUGUGAAAUAUACAUUUAUAUAUAUAUAAAUAUCUCUCUCUCUCUAUAUAUAUAUAUCUAUGGUUUCGCCAGGUUUUGAUCUACCUGUGAUGUCAGUACUCAGGGUGGGAACAGAAGAGGAUAUUUACCUCCACACUAAGAUGCUGUCUCACGGCCUCGUACUGUACGUGAACUCUCUCCUCUGCCGUCGCUUAACUCACUCGCUCGAAUUUACCUGGACUGUUUUACCAUAUUGAGACGUGUGUAGUUGUUUUUGUUUUUUAAUGAAUGGCGAUGGUGUUCUUUUUGUUUUUUAUUUUCUUUGUCUCUUUCUUUUUCUUUCGUCUUUUUGUACAGCCAAGCGUUUUGAAUUUGCUCGUAGUGCAACUGGGAGCGCCGAACACAAAAUCGAGACACUUUUUUUGGCGUUUUGAGAAACAUAAAAAAGGAAAAAAAUGCCUAGCACAAGUUUGUCGAUGUUUUGUGCAUGUUCCUCAGCCCAUCACAAAUGUGACGUUACAAUUGCACUAGACAGUUGCACCUCAAAUAAAAAUGAAAACAAAAAA